CUUGCAGGACGGCUGCUUCCGUCAGCGUCCGGAAGACGCCACAGGGAAGGGCCAGGUCGAAACUGGGAGCCCGAUUUGGGCGAGAUUUCUUUCCUACGGCGACCUGGGGUAACUUCUUUUAGGGAACCAACACCAUGGCGUCGGGCUGCAAGAUUGGCCCGUCUAUCCUUAACAGCGACCUGGCCAGUUUAGGUGCCGAGUGUCUCCGGAUGCUAGACUCUGGGGCCGAUUAUCUGCACCUGGAUGUGAUGGACGGGCAUUUUGUUCCCAACAUCACCUUUGGUCACCCUGUGGUAGAAAGCCUCCGAAAGCAGCUAGGCCAGGACCCUUUCUUUGACAUGCACAUGAUGGUGGCCAGGCCGGAACAGUGGGUGAAGCCAAUGGCCAUAGCAGGAGCCAAUCAAUAUACCUUUCAUCUUGAGGCCACUGACAACCCAGGGGCUUUGAUCAAAGAUAUCCGAGAGAAUGGGAUGAAGGUUGGCCUUGCCAUCAAACCAGGAACUACGGUUGAGUAUUUGGCACCAUGGGCUAAUCAAAUCGAUAUGGCUUUGGUCAUGACAGUAGAACCUGGAUUUGGAGGACAGAAAUUCAUGGAAGACAUGAUGCCAAAGGUUCACUGGUUGAGGACCCAGUUUCCAUCUCUGGAUAUAGAGGUCGAUGGUGGCGUAGGUCCUGACACUGUCCAUAAGUGUGCAGAGAUCUGUUUUUUUGGCAUCUAUGAAGAAAGGUGCACAAGUGGAUGCAGUAUUAAAAAGCACUACCUUUAAGGUAAGAACUGGCUCUAUGAGGUGACAAGUAAAAACAUACAAGAGGAGGAAGAGAAACAGCAGCUGCUAUUUACUGCAUACCAGCUGCUAUUCUCCCUUAGUCAAAACUGUUUGCUAAUGAAAUUUCAGAAGCAUGCCCAUUCCCUGCUAGGUAGGUAAGCAGGUGGAAGUUGGUGCUGACAUGCUGCACAAUAGAAUGAUUGCCGACAGUGACAGGUGGAAUGCUGCAAUACAGAUCUGAUUCUUACCCAGCAGCUAGACAGACUGGUACGCAGUGAUGAAACUAAAUUUGCAAUAAGCAGCUUCUCCACGCAGAUUUUUUUAAUAGUCAAAAGGCAGUGAAGUUAAUCAUGCACGUACCUUGAUCUCUUGGCUUUCAUUUGAAAAGGGUGAGCCAUGUGCACAUAGGUCACGAUGUGCUGCAGGCAGCUCAGGGGGACUUGGAGCAGUGCAGUGCUGACUGCCACUGAAGUCAUCCGGGGAUUCUUUCAGAAGCAUCUCCUGACCUUCAGCAUUUUUACUGUAAGCUCUAGCAAGAAAAUAAAUAUCGUUUGUUAUUUCUUGAGAUCUUAACAUUUUGUGAACCCAAGGUGUCACUAAGUCAGCUUGGUGGUUUUCUUUAAACAGUCCUGCAUAAAAGUUUUUUUAAAAAUCAUUUAUUCCUGGUGCUAUUAUUUUCGUAUCUUAAAGGCUUUUAUAUUGUACUUCAUUAUUCUGCCGAAUUCUAGUGAGUUUUUUGUUACAUAAUUUGGUUUGCUUUUUGUGUUUUGGAAGACAAAUGAGGGCAAUUCCUUGACCCUCACAAUCUUUGAUCUCCCAGAAUAGCCAGGAAAGCCUCAAUUCACAUUUCCCUCUGUAUUUCUAGAAAGUUUUAUUUCUGGAAUAUGGAAAAGGAUGAAAAUUCCAAAAUCUCAUCUGUGUAAGGAGAACUUGAACAACGAUUUACAGCAAAUCUCCUUGAGACCUAUACAGAAAAAGGUGUUUUUAUAAUAAUACUAAUUAAAUGAGAGAUGGCCCUUAACUAAAAUGACUGGCAGACUUCACAUCUUGCUUUUUUUGAGUUUUGGGUAUAUUAAUAAUAAAAUGUAAGUAGCAUAAAAUACCAGGGAUUCUUUCAAAUCUAUAAUUACUAAAUAUGUUUAUUCUCCCUUCUCCAAGAUCCGUUUAUGUUUUUAAAAGUUUUAAAUUAUUUGGUUUUGAGACUAGAUAGAUUUCUUGAGAAAUUUUGCUUUAAAAUACUAUUUUUGAAGUACUUUAUGUUAAAAUGGAUGGCCUGAAUUCCAGACCUAUGUUAGGUCCACUGACCUACUUUACUUACAUAGAGUUUUCAUGAGAAAUAGAGUAAAAUAACAGAAACACAUUUAAACAUGUAAUCAGCCUAAAUAUAUAAGCUUAGUAUAUGCAGUGCAUGACUGCACAUGGUAGGACAAAAACAGCUGACGUUACAUACUGUACUUUGUUAUCCUUUUUAGUGAUGUCCCCCAAACUUCAUGAAGUUUUGUUCAUUCCAUAUGGAUCCUACAGUUUUGGGUUUUCAGUUUAAAAUACUUGCCUGCUGUUUCUUCUAUGCCACUUGCUUUGUUCCCAUAGUGACCACCUGGCUUGCUCUCUCUCCUCAUAUUUUUUGUGCCUUAGAGAAAAGACUUCAUCAGAAAGAUCUUCUACCUGGAAUUAGAAAAAUAUUUUGCUUUUAUGGGAAGCAUUUUGAAAUAUGACACAGAUUUCAACAAUAGCAAGCAAACUUAAUUUUAAAAUAAGUGCAAUCAAUGUCAGUCCAGAAAACAGAUGUUAGGAAAUCAGCCUCAAAUGGGAGUCUGGAGCUUUUUUUUUUUUUUGAGAUAGGGUCUUCUAUGUGGUCCAGGCUGGACUUGAACUCAUUAUGUAAUCCAGACCAGCCUCGAAGUUUCAGCGACCUUCCUGCCUCAUCCUCCUGAAUGCUAGGAUUACAGGCAUGCGGCACCAUGCCCAGCUGGAACUUUUUUUAAAAAACUCUUUACUCUGGACUUCUGUUUGAAGACUUACCUAGAUUAUAAAUGUGUUGGGCUUUGCAUUUGUUACACCUUCCAUAAAAUAUUCUCAGUGCUCUGUUCAUUUAACACAGUUUUUAAUGGUUUUCCAUUAUGGAACACAAUUGUUCUUAGAACUUGUUAAUAUGAAAAACUGUUGUCUGAGAUAAACCAGAAUUUAUUUAAUACUUCUCUCGGGUUCUAAUCUAGAUAACUAUUUGGGUUAUGGUGUUUAGGAGUCUGAGUUUCCUGGCCAGGAUCAGUGAAUCAGGAAGAGUACCUUAGAAGUGGGAAGGGAAUUAAAGGAAAGGUGAAAAAUCUGCUGGGCGGAGACACUGUAUUUAACAGAAACCAAGUAUCUUCUACACUAUACUGCUUUGACAGACCAUCACUUUGCAAUUAGUUACACAGUAUUUUCCCCCCUAAUUGUUUUUGUCUUGAUGUAAUUUUAUCUAUACAGAUCCACGGUCUUUUACCUGCAAUUCCAAAAUCCAAAUAUCUGAAAAAACAAUUUUUUCAUACAGUUCACACACAGCUUGAUCUAAAAUGGAGUGAGAUUAUUUCUAAUGUAUAUUCCAUUUCCCAUGCAUAUUUGAGUACAGCAUUGUCUUGAACUGUAGGAAUGUUUCAUAUGUAUCACAUUGUCUUUCUAAAGUCUAAAAUAUUCCAAAUUCUAAAGCAAAACUGAUAUUUUUAUAAUGGCAUUGUAGAUAUGAAUAAUUUGAGACUGAGUCUCCUUGUGCAGAAAAAUAUGACUAAUUCCGAGAUAGAUGUAGCUCACCACAUAAAUUCAGUCAGUUCAUAUAAAUUCUUUGUAUCUGUGUUACUUUGGUACUCAAAUAUGCACAGAAACAUUUUAGUAGGAUUAAUAGCCUUUUGUCAAAAGCUUCCUUUUGGGCUGGGGAUUUAGCUCAGUGGUUCUGGUGCCUGCCUCGCAAGUGCAAGGUGUCCUUAGUUCGAUCCCUGGUACCAAAAAAAAAAAGCUUCCUUUUUAUAUGUGUAAAGAAAAAAAUUAGUAGAAGUUAAAAGAUUUGUGUUCCCUUUUAGUUCUUUAAAUGUCAAAUUGAGCGUGCAUCAUUAUAUGUAAAGUGCAGUUAUCCUAUUAAAUGAAAAGCAGCUUACCUCUUCACCUAAGUUACAUUCAUCCAAAGGCUGAAGAACAGCCAUCUUCCAGCUGUUGAAGAUAACAAACCCAUUUCAAACACCUUUUAUUAAUCUUUCUAAACAUAGCAAUUUUAUUCUAUAUAAUUUUAUAUAAGUAUAGCUAAAUAUAUUCAUUUCUGUCCUUGGAACUUCCAUAACUCAGAUGGAUAUUUUAAUACUUUAUUUAAAGAGAAAGGGUAUUUGUACUAUAAGAAAAGGACAAGAAGUCUUUCCUUUUUACCUUAGAGUGAACAGACUGUCCCUCAUAUAUCUACCUUUUAAUUAUGUACUGACUUUGAAUUGAGUUAGUGAUAUGCCAGGAAGCUGGCUUAGCCAAAAAUGAGGAGAAAAAAGACUUGAUCUGUACUGUCUUCUGAUUUUUUUGGUGAGAAAAUGAUUUUUUUUUUAAGAAAAAUUGGACAUUCUUUGUCAGCUUUCAUUACUUCCUAGAUUACUUCUCUUAAUACAGUAAUGAAGUAAUGAGACAAAUGAUGAAAUUAAAGUAGAGAUAAGUAGAAAUUAACUGUAGUUGUUAUUACAAGGUUCAUGUCUUGAUUUCCAGCCAUUUCUGUGUCUACUUUCUGGUGUCAUAUUCAUAAAUUUUUAAGAAACUACUUUAAUCACUAAAAAAUUGUGCUAACAUCGCUGCCUAUAGAAGAUCUGUAUAUUGCAUUCAGGGACCUCCGCAAUCUGGUUCUCUUAGCCUUAACUCCCUUUAUUAACCUAUGCAAAAGCUCAGUAUCACUAAGCCUUAUAUACUUGUCACUCCGCCUUUGUUAUGAUCUCCCUGUAUAAAUAACCUCUUUAACCUCAUGGAUAUCCUCCCAGUCCUUUCCAUUCAUCUUUCUAGAUAAUGUGUUUAAUGCUGACUUAGCAAUAUUUUAAAAUCUUAUUUUCCUUAUCACAGGUGUUUUCUUUCACCUUUUUCCCUCCAUGACUCUACAAGUAGGGCAGGAAGAAGGGGAGCAUCUUCUCACUUAAAAUUUUAACUUCACUCCAAAUUUAAAUUUAUUGAAGAAGGAAGAGGAAAGAAUAAUAGAUGUCAGUAAGUAUACAUACCUUGGAGUCAGUAUUUCCUUAUAUUGGAGCUUUUCUAACUUAGCUGGGGCUACUAAUGACAUAGGAAUCACAAUGUUAUCUAUGUCAUAAGAACUUUCACUUCUUAAUCUCCGCCGGGCAGUACUCUGCAAAACAGGAUUAUGGUACUGCUUUACAGUAGUAUCUAGUUACCCGUGGUGAUAUUCUUUCAUUAGUUAUUAAAAAAAUGUGCAGUAUACCUGUGGGAUAGUUUUUGUAAAUGUAUUGUUAUAAAAUCUGAUUAUAAAAUGUUACCAAUUAAGAGUGCAUGCCUAUAUUUUCUAAGUUAAAACAUCUUUGUGGGUGUGUAGUGUGUAUUUAUGUGCACAAACAUUUAUGCUUAUUAUUAGGAAAGGCUUACGAAAUGCUCUUUUGGUGAACCCUUUAGUAAAGGUAAUGAUCACGAGCUUCAUUUAUGUGUUCCUUCUACCCGACCGUCAUUCAGACCAUUCAUUUCUUUUUUUGGUACUGGGGAUCAAACUUGGGAUCUUGCACUUGCGAGGCAGGCAAGGCAGGCAGUGGAACCACUGAGCUAAAUCCCCGGCCCUAGACCAUUCAUUUCUAAAUCUUCUCACCUUUGGACCUCCUAAGUCCCUGACCAUAUGACAAACAAAACAGAUUAACAACAUAAAUCCUGAACUCUCCUUAGCAAAAACUAUAUUUAGAUUCAUAUGUUAAAGAGUAGAGACAGCUAUGAUAAAUGUUUUUAACAGAAAAAGAAUCCAUAAUCAUAGAUUAAUAAACUCUUAGCUUCUAAGUAAAAAACGUCUUAUCUAAUCAAAUUUAUAGUUUCCUAAUAAGGUAGUUCUAAAUGUGCUAGUAAAUAAGGCUGAAAAAGAUUAACAAAAUAAUUAUGCAAGCCAUUUUCAUUUUAUUUCAAAAUAAAGCAAUUUUAGAAUUCAAUCUAAACAAAACAAAACAAAAACCUACUUGUGAUGAUGAAUUCUGGGUUCUUCCUAUAACAUUGAAAUUAGAGACAGCAGUAAAAUUGCAAUGGGAUCCUGGUUCUGUGUGUUGGAAAGCAAAUUCCUCAAAUCUAUCCCUUUCUCCUGCCAUGGAAAGAACCAUUCAGAAUGUCACAAAUUAAACAUGGUCAAGAUUAUCAGAAUUAUUUUCCCAAUUAGGUGAAAGGUGAGUGUUUCCCUAUUGGUUUUUAAAAUUCAUGUAUCAGAAAGUAAGCAAAAUGAAAUUAUAAAAGAGCCUUAUCUAUAGUCAUGCUUUAUACAAAGCAUUUCUAUUUUCUGGGACCUUGGGUUUUUGGGGUUUUUUUUUUAAUCUACUACAUUUCAUAUUAUUUCUGGACUAAUACCAUCUGCUCUCUGUCUUUGCUUUCUGUGACUCCUACCGGUAUUAGUGGUUGCAUGUCAGGACUAAUCAUAAUUUUCUUUGUUCUCUCAUUUUGUUCAUAUCUCACUUUGUUUUUGAAAGUUUCUGCAACUAAAAUUUCUAAAAGUUUUUGAUGUCUGAUAUUUAUUUUUUAUAGCAUUUCAUGGAUGAAAUUUUUCUGUCUAGAUAUUGACUAGCUGUUUACUUUUAUUCAUACCUUUUUUUCCUUUUUUUUCCAUUCCCUAUUUAUGCAUUUAUUCACUUAUUUACCACCAUUGGCUGUGUUGCUUCAGUAUGAAUCCUAAGAAUAUUUUCCUGUAUAAUAUAUAAUCUAAUAACCAGUUCACAUUUACAUUUCUUCAGUUGUUAAAAAAUAUCCUUUGUGACUUAGCUUCUUCGAAUCAGGAUCCUCCAAAUGAAACUGGUUAUUGUCUCCUAGGUUUCCUACAAUCUAGAAUAGUUCAUUUUUCAUGACAUGAUUUAUUACAUGGACUUGACCAUAUAUCCUCCAGUUUGCAAAUUGUCUAGUUAUUUCUUUGUAGUAUAUCAUUUCCUUUGUUCUUUCCCUUGUACAGUAUCUGCAUUAAACAUGAACUUGGAUCUAAAGUAUUAAUUCUAGUGAAACACUGUUAUUUAUAUCUUAGGGAAUGUAUUUCAUAAUGCAUCUUGUUAAAGACAAAAUUUUCCUAUGUUUUGGUAUGCAUGUGUGAAAGUUCCCUAAAAGCUAGGUGGUUCUUGGUCAUGCUUAGGAGUGAGACAAUAAAGGGAAUAGUGAAACAUGUAGAAACAUGGGAGUUGGUUCAUUUUGUGCCAUAGUCCAUGCACUUGCUCGUCAGGUAGUGACUUGGUCUGUUUUUGGUGACAUUUCUAUAGACACUAGAGAUGAAUAUUAAACCUGUUUUGUAUAAUUUUAGUUCAGUACACUGUGGAUGUAAUUAGUUUCUAAUUUAUUGGGUAUGCUAUUGAUGUUAUAUUUGGAGAAUACUUGAUUAAUAAAUACAGUGUUAGGUUCACUGGAGCAAUGAAUAAGAUCCCAAAACUAGAUAACUUGCUAAUCAAAAUAUAUCUUGCCAGUUUUAUCAUUAACAAUAAUAGCAGUGAUUGCCUCCCCCUAUCUCCCCAAAAAGAACCACACUUUGCUAACUCUUGGUCAAUUUGAAGCUAUACAUUUAAAGACUUCUAGGAGAACUGCACAAGAUGGUUAAAUCAUGACCUCUUUCUUAAAAUCCUGAAGAAUUUAAAAAUGGUGAUAAAUUUCUGUAAGGCAGUCUUGUACUGACCCAGUCUGAGUCCAGAACAACCUUGGAGUCUAAAAUCUUAUCCCGACAGCAGUUGAUGGAAGACAACUAGUCGGGGAACAUUGGAAGGAAAUUCUUAAUUGCCACGAAGUGGAUAAAUACUGAUACUGAGUCUACAAAUUGUUCAUUAGCUACAUGAAUAUAUUCAUAGGGUCAUAGAUGUUUUGUGUGAUUAGUGACUGUUUCGGGUUAUAGGUACUCGUGAUUCAGGGAUUCUCUGAAAGCAAAAUUUUAUUUAUUUUCAAUAUUUAACACUAAUGAUCAUAUCCUCAUUUUAACCUACCUACUGCUGUUUCGCUCAAAUGUCUUUUCUUUCUUCCCUGUAACAGUUGUAUAGAAGAUUCUGACCUUAUCUGAGGUUUACACAUAGGUGAAUAUCCAUUUCUCCAUUGACUGGAAGAAGUACUCUGAGCUGAAACAAAUGAAAAGGAAAUGUGAGGUUUUGGUUUCUUAAUACAAAUAGAAAAAAAAUUACAAAUAGAUAAUGUACAUAUUCAUCUGUUUUUAGUUAUACAAUAUUGGAUUUUAAGAUACCAGUACAAAAUACAUAUAGUGAAAUACCAAGAUGAACAACUCUUAAGCUAAAAAUACAUGUAAUAGGAUUCCUUAAAAAGAUUCUCAGAGUGCCCAGUUUGCUGUGUUUGCUCCAUUUUGUUUGGGUUUGUUUUUUGUUUUUUUGAAGAGGAUGUAAAAGGAAGGUGGUCUUCUCAAAGUAUUCUAGAUUAGUUCUUGGUUGAAUAUGAUCUGAAUCCUAAAGUUGCCUACCUUUAAAUCUGGGAAUAAUUUAGGACCAAGAGAAGUCCACCCACUAUGGUCACAACAGACUAGGACUCCCUGAGAGAAAGAACCAGACUGUUUAGUGAACAUUUGUCAAAUUUUAUUGUUGUAGCCAGAGAUAAUUUCAGAGUAAAAUUGUUGUGUCAUACUUCUUAAAAAUUCACAUACACCCUCCCUCCUUUUUCUUAGACAGGGUCACACUUGUAGUUCAGGCUGGGCUUGAACUCAUAGUAGUCCUCCUGCCUCAGUCUCCCAAGUGCUGAGAUUGUAGGCAUUUGCCACCAUACCUGGCUUCUUUCACUUUUUUAAAACAAUGAAUUUAACACAAUUUUCAGACACAUAGUGAGUCACUAUACCUGUUAACUCAUCUUUAAAACAAGGAUAAUAACUGUCUUAGAGUUAUGAAGACUAAAUGAGUUAAUUCCUGCAUUAGAGGAAUCAGUGUCUGGCAUAAUGAGUGCUUAAUAAAUGUUUGCUUUAUCAGUAUGAAUAGUGUCUAUCUGGACCUCAUAUUUUCAGUAUUGAUGUAAAAACAGUACCAUCCAUAGCAGUAGAACAAUCUUCUUAACAGGGAAUAUCAGCUUCAAAGAUGAGUGCACAAACUCUAAAAAUCUUGAAUAGCAACAUCACAAACUACAAGUGGAGGAACCCUCUCAAGAAAUAGUUAAUGGAACAUUUACAGAAUACAAAUGAACAGGUCUUUAAAACAACCAAAGUUAUAAAGAAAAGGCAAGAGGCCUCUCUAGAGAAAUCUUAUAAAAAAAUUAUAAUUGCUCAACUGAAAACAAGCAGCAUUAAUUAAGCUGAGUAACAGAACAGACAAGGGAAAAUCAAGAUUGGAGCUGGAAGAAAAGUUGACGACUUGAAGUGAUGGAAAAUAUGAGGAAGAAAAAUGAAGUGGGGUAAUAGAGAACAGAGUGAAUGAAGAGUGGGUAGUUGAAGAAAUGAUAGCCAGAUGUUUUUUUCCAGAAUUAUAUUAGCCCUGAUUUAGAGAACUUACUUGAACAGUGUUAAAGCAAAUGAAAACAGAAAAAUCAGUCAUACAGCCAGUCAUGGAUGAAGUUACUUCAAAAGUUAAAAGAGAACAGUUAAAAUGAUAAGAGAAAUUAGGUUUCAAUUUACAGUGUGAAACUCAGUGUAAGAAAAUAGUUACUUGGGCUGGGGAUUUAGCUCAGUGGUUCCGGCACCUGCCUCACAAGCACAAGGUCCUGAGUUCGAUCCCCGGUACCAAAAAAAAAAAAAAAAAGAAAAAGAAAAUAGUGACUUAAGUAGCUAGGGAAAAUGGUAGGUAGAAUUCUAAGACAGCCCCUAAGAUUUCCCACCACUCAGAAAGAUGGUAAAUGGGGAGGCUGGAGUAGUCCUAUGAGGGCUGGAGGGGUAGCCAGUGGUAGAGCUUCUAUUAUUUUGCUGGAGUUUAAGCAAACCCCAGGUGACUCUUCUGUUAUCACAGCUUGUGCAAAGGCCAAGGGAGUGGGACAAAUCUGGGAACCGAACAGUUGCCAGAUAAUGUAGAAUAGGGGAAGGUGGUGAAAAGGAACCAUAAGCAGGUAGGAGCCACCUAUGUAGGGAGGUCUUUGGGGUCCUCUUAAGAAUAUUCCCUUAAGGGCCGGGCUGGCGAUUUAGCUCAGUGGUUCCAGCGGCUGCCUCAGAUGUCUUAAAGGGAUAGGAGCAGGGAGAAGGUAUGACAAUUAGAUUUGCACUGGUAAAAGAUCACUGGGUAUGACUGAAAGGAAAUAAAAAUUUGUAGUGUCUUCUAGCAGUAUAUAUCAUGUUAAGACUGUUGUAGUAAUAUAGAUUUGAAACAUUUACAGAUAUUGACAGUCUGCUGAUUAGACAUGAGGGACUGGGUAAAGGCUCAGACCUGUAGUUUUGGAUCGCUUGUUGGUUACGGUUCCCUUGUUCCUUCUCAUCUAUCCAUUCUUAAAACUUAACACACAACUAAACUUACAGAAAACUUGGAAUUUCCAUGUCCCCUUUACUCCAAUUCCCCCAAAGUUAAUAUUUUAUCACAUUUGCUUUACCUCUUUCUGUACUCGUUUCUAACCCGAGGCUUUAGAUAGAUAAAUGUAUAUUUCUCAAAAACAAUGACAUUCUUUUACAAAGCCACACAGUUGUCAGAAAUUAAGAAAUUAACACCAUUAGCUAAUCUGUAAACUGUGUUCAAAUUUUACUAGUUAUCCCUAUAAAGUUCUUUCUAGAAAAUUCCAGUCACUCAUUGCAUUUAGUUUCCAGGUCUCUUUAUAGUUGUGUAUCUGCAACAGUUCCACUGUUAUUUUUCAUAAGCUUUAAUAUUUUGAUAAAUAUAGACCCUUAAGUUGGUUUUGUCUGGCACAGUAUUUCCUCAUGUUGAGACUAAUCAUGUACUUACUCUUCACCUCUACAGUGUGACUUUUCCCUAUUUCCUUGUCUGAAGUCAGCAGUGUCAUUAUAAAUGCAAAAUUUAACAGAUAAUAUAGGCUGUAUCUAGUCUCUUUGGCAAGGCACACUGGGAUGUGUUUGUACUCUUUCGUGCACUUUACUGUGCGGGAAUACCAAGCUAUUUGUAGAUCCCUGAACACAUCAUACUGUUUUAGGUCUUUGUAAUGAACGUUUGUUUCCAUUAUUUAAAGCCUUGUUGCACAACACGGACUAAUAGCAUCUGAAUCUCCUGGGACCUUGUUAGAAUGCAGAACCACAGGGCCCAAAAUGCUCAAAAUGUUGAACUGUAGUUGUAUUUAUUUCUGUAGAAAUCACUAAAAAGGCAAUGGCUAGUUAUUUAGGACAGAUACAGAGGCUAAAACCUAAGGGGAUGUUAUACAAAAGAAUACCUUAUUGAUGUGUCUAACAAUAGUGCAGCCUUCACCUCAAGUGUAUUCCAUUCUUAUCCUUAUUUCUGUUCCAGUGUGGCAUGUAAUGUGUCAUUACAUGAUUGAGAGUACAAAGUCUAUGCCUGACCAUUUACACUGCUUCAUUUUAAGUUAGAUAAAUGGAGCAACAUUAGAAUAAAAUCAUCUAACUUCUAACACAUAAUGUACUUUCACUUUUGCACACUUUCAAUCUGUACAUUUCAUACUUCAUAUGUUUCAAGUAUUAAGUCAAAAUUGUAAUUAGGAUAAAAGUACAACUUUCUUUUUAUCCCAUAACUGUUCAUUAUUUCCACAUGUGUUUGCUGUACAUUUUUCUGAUUAGAGACAUCAUUUAGGUAUUCCAUAGCUGUUGGGCAUUAUAGUUAUCAUCAACAUCAUAAUGAAAUUACUAUUAGGAAGAUUUUUAAUAUAAUCAUACUCAUGGAUAAUGUGUUUUCCCUUUAUACAAAGUUUAAUCUCCAUAUCAACCUCAAUGAGUAGAAUUACAUCAUGAUACAUAAACAUGAUCUAUACUUCCCAGUGCUUUUUAGUCUGUCUUCCACUAGGCAUAGCUAGUUGUUCCUAGUCCUUGGUGCUUUUUUUUCUAACUUUAUGCUGUGGAAAAAUUUUAAACGUACACAAAAAAGAGACUAGAAUAAUGAACUCCCUUGUACCUAUCAUUCAGCUUUAGGAAUGAUCAACUCAUGACCAAUGUUGCUUCAUCUCUCUUCCAGCCAAUUUUUUUUUUGCUAUAAUAUGUUAAAUUUCAGAAUUGUCUUUUCAUCUGUAUAUGUCAGUGUGAACCAGCAAUAAAGUACAUCAUAUAUGUAUUUAUGUAAUCAUGGUGCCUUAUUUCAUAUGUCAGAUUAAUACAUUAAUAUCUACAAACUAGUUCAUGUUCAGAUUACUUGGAUUAUUUUAAAAAGUAUGUGUAUGGGCCGGGGAUUUUGCUCAGUGGCACCCGCACCUGCCUCGCAAGUGCAAGGUUCUGAGUUAAAUACCCGGUAUCAAAAAAGAAAAAUAACAAUAAUAAAAAAGUAUGCAUAUAAUGUAUGUA